GUGGGUGGUACUCCUACCGAAGCAGCAAAGCAGCGUUGAACCAGGUCGUGCGCACCGCUUCCGUGGAGCUUGCGCGGCACAGGGUCUGCUGCUUAGCCCUGCAUCCGGGCACCGUAGACACGGACCUCACGCGCGCGUUCGCGCGGGCGCGGGCGAAGUACACCGUGCAGGAUGUCGACGAAGCAGCAGAGAAGCACCUGGCCAUCAUCGGUUCCCGUACCAUGGCUCACACGGGGCGCUUCUUCGACUGGCAAGAGGCGGAGGUACCCUGGUGA